GUGCGGCGGUGCGGUGCAACCUCCCUGGCCGGCGAGAGUUCGGUUGAGAGGGUGCUGGAUGGUGGGUGAGUACCACUGAUGAGAGAGCGGGCAAAAGAAGAGACUAUUUUAGCACGCAUUACAGGACUAUUACAUUUAUCUACUGGAUACUGCUAAGCACCUGGGCAGGGUUUCUUCAUCUACUGUGUGUGGUGGCGUAGUGUGUUCUGCUUCUGGUUUCCAGCAGAAAUGUCACAGAGGAGUGGGCAGGAGGACCCGGAGCGGUACCUCUUUGUGGACCGUGCCGUGGUCUACAACCCGGCCGCACAGGCCGACUGGACUGCCAAGAGGCUAGUAUGGAUCCCAUCAGAACGCAAUGGCUUUGAGGCUGCCAGUAUUCGUGAGGAGCGUGGAGAUGAGGUGGUGGUGGAGCUGGCAGAGAAUGGGAAGAAGGCGGUGGUCAACAAGGAUGACAUCCAGAAGAUGAACCCGCCAAAGUUCAGCAAAGUAGAGGACAUGGCGGAACUCACCUGCCUAAACGAAGCCUCUGUGCUUUACAACCUCAAAGACCGCUACUACUCUGGCCUCAUCUAUACAUACUCUGGUCUCUUCUGUGUGGUCAUAAAUCCCUACAAAAACCUGCCUAUCUACUCAGAGAACAUCAUUGAGAUGUACAGGGGCAAAAAGAGGCAUGAAAUCCCCCCUCACAUCUAUGCUAUCUCAGAGUCUGCGUACAGAUGUAUGCUGCAAGAUCGAGAGGACCAAUCCAUUCUUUGCACAGGUGAGUCAGGAGCUGGCAAGACGGAAAACACAAAGAAGGUCAUUCAGUACCUGGCACACGUUGCCUCCUCCCACAAAGGAAGAAAAGACCACAACAUUCCUCCAGAAUCACCCAAACCAGUGAAACUACAGGCACAACAUGCUGUCAGUGGACCCCUGUUUUAUGGUGAAUUGGAACGUCAGCUUUUACAAGCCAACCCCAUCCUUGAAUCUUUUGGGAAUGCUAAGACAGUGAAAAAUGACAACUCAUCACGUUUUGGGAAAUUCAUCCGGAUCAACUUUGAUGUCAUAGGAUACAUUGUUGGAGCCAAUAUUGAAACCUACUUACUGGAGAAAUCCAGAGCUAUUCGUCAAGCCAAAGAUGAGCGCACCUUUCACAUUUUCUACCAGCUGCUGGCUGGAGCUGGAGAGCACCUCAAAUCGGACCUGCUUUUGGAAGGAUUCAACAGCUACCGUUUCCUGUCUAACGGUAACAUCACAAUCCCAGGUCAGCAGGACAAAGACAACUUCCAGGAGACCAUGGAGGCCAUGCACAUCAUGAGCUUUGGCCAUGAGGAGAUUCUGGCCAUGUUGAAGGUGGUGUCCUCAGUUCUUCAGUUUGGUAACAUUAACUUUAAGAAGGAGAGGAACUCUGACCAAGCUUCUAUGCCUGAUAAUACUGCUGCUCAGAAGCUGUGUCAUCUACUGGGUUUGAAUGUAAUGGAGUUUACCAGAGCCAUCCUGUCCCCAAGAAUCAAAGUGGGAAGAGACUAUGUCCAGAAAGCACAGACUAAAGAGCAGGCUGACUUUGCUGUCGAGGCCUUGGCCAAAGCGACAUAUGAGCGUCUGUUCCGCUGGCUGGUCCAUCGCAUUAACAAAGCUCUGGACAGAACCAAACGGCAGGGUGCCUCCUUCAUCGGCAUCCUGGACAUUGCGGGUUUUGAAAUUUUCCAGUUGAACUCAUUUGAGCAGAUGUGUAUCAACUACACCAACGAGAAGCUGCAGCAGCUCUUCAACCACACCAUGUUCAUCCUGGAGCAGGAGGAGUACCAGAGGGAGGGCAUCGAGUGGAGCUUCAUCGACUUUGGCCUUGACCUGCAGCCCUGCAUCGACCUCAUUGAGAGGCCGGCAAACCCUCCAGGAGUGUUGGCUCUUCUGGAUGAAGAAUGCUGGUUCCCCAAGGCCACGGACAAGACCUUUGUAGACAAGCUGAUCCAGGAGCAGGGCACACACACUAAGUUCCAGAAGCCCCGCCAGCUCAAAGAUAAGGCUGACUUCUGCAUCAUCCACUACGCUGGCAAGGUGGACUAUAAGGCAGAUGAGUGGCUAAUGAAGAACAUGGACCCCCUGAAUGACAAUGUGGCCACACUUCUGCAUCAGUCAACUGACAAAUUUGUGGGUGAACUUUGGAAAGAUGUCGACCGCAUCGUUGGCCUGGACCAGGUGGCAGGGAUGAACGAGACAGCCUUUGGCGCCACCUAUAAAACGAAAAAAGGCAUGUUUCGUACUGUUGGACAGCUCUACAAGGAGUCGCUUACCAAGCUCAUGGCCACACUGAGGAACACCAACCCCAACUUUGUCCGAUGCAUCAUUCCCAACCACGAAAAAAGAGCUGGUAAACUGGAGCCUCAUCUGGUUCUGGACCAGCUAAGGUGUAAUGGAGUCCUAGAGGGGAUUCGCAUCUGCAGACAGGGCUUCCCUAACCGCAUCGUUUUCCAGGAGUUCAGACAGAGAUAUGAGAUCCUGACACCUAACGCUAUCCCCAAGGGAUUCAUGGAUGGGAAACAAGCCUGUGAGAGAAUGAUCCAAGCCCUGGAGUUGGACCCCAACCUGUUCCGUAUUGGUCAGAGUAAGAUCUUCUUCAGAACUGGUGUUCUGGCUCACCUGGAAGAGGAGAGGGAUCUGAAGAUCACUGACAUCAUCAUCUACUUCCAGUCUGUUUGCCGUGGAUACUUGGCACGCAAGGCCUUUGCUAAGAAGCAGCAGCAGUUGAGUGCCCUAAAGGUCCUCCAGAGGAACUGCGCUGCCUAUUUGAAGCUGCGACACUGGCAGUGGUGGAGGCUCUUCACCAAGGUGAAGCCUCUGCUGCAGGUCACCAGGCAGGAGGAAGAGCUGCAAGCCAAAGAUGAGGAGCUGGUAAAGGUGAAGGAGAGACAGCUCAAGGUGGAGAAUGAGCUCGUGGAGAUGGAGAGGAAACACCAACAGCUCGUAGAGGAGAAGAAUAUUCUAGCAGAACAACUCCACGCGGAGACAGAGCUCUUUGCCGAGGCCGAAGAGAUGAGAGUUCGUCUGCUUUCUAGGAAGCAAGAGCUGGAGGAGAUCCUUCAUGACCUGGAGUCUAGAGUGGAAGAGGAGGAGGAGAGGAACCAGAGCCUGCAGAAUGAGAAGAAGAAGAUGCAGUCACACAUCCAGGACCUGGAGGAGCAGCUUGAUGAGGAGGAAGCUGCAAGACAGAAGCUGCAGCUAGAUAAAGUGACAGCUGAAGCGAAGAUCAAGAAAAUGGAGGAGGAUAUUCUCCUGUUGGAGGACCAAAACUCCAAGUUCCUUAAGGAGAAAAAGCUGCUGGAGGACAGGAUCGGCGAGAUGACCUCCCAGCUGACAGAGGAGGAGGAGAAAGCAAAGAACCUCGGCAAGGUCAAGAACAAGCAGGAGAUGAUGAUGGUUGACCUGGAGGAGCGUUUAAAGAAGGAGGAAAAAACGCGCCAGGAGCUGGAGAAGGCCAAACGCAAACUGGAUGCUGAGACGACAGACUUGCAGGACCAGAUUGUUGAGCUUCAGGCCCAGAUAGAGGAGCUGAAGUUCCAACUGACCAAGAAGGAGGAGGAGCUGCAGGCUGCUCUGGCCAGGAGUGAUGAGGAGACGCUCCAGAAGAACAACGCCUUGAAGCAGGUUCGGGAGCUACAGGCCCACCUAGCUGAGCUUCAGGAGGACCUGGAGUCGGAGAAGAUGUGUCGAAGUAAAGCUGAAAAACUUAAAAGGGACCUGAGUGAGGAGCUCGAGGCCCUGAAGACGGAGCUGGAGGACACGCUGGAUACCACCGCUGCCCAGCAGGAGCUCCGGUCCAAGCGAGAGCAAGAGGUGGCAGAGCUGAAGAAAGCCAUAGAUGAGGAGACCAAAAACCACGAGGCUCAGAUCCAGGAAAUGAGACAGAGGCAAGCCACAGCGCUGGAAGAACUGUCCGAACAGCUGGAACAGGCCAAGAGGUUCAAGUCCAACUUGGAGAAGAAUAAGCAGAGUCUGGAGAAUGAAAACAAAGAGUUGUCCUGUGAUGUGAAGACUCUGCAGCAGGCAAAGACAGAGUCCGAACAUAAGAGGAAAAAACUGGAGGCCCAGCUGCAGGAGUUUAUGGCCAGGGCCACCGAGGCUGAGAGGACCAAGGGAGAGCUGGCUGAACGCUCUCACAAACUCCAGACGGAGCUGGACAAUGCAUGCACUAUGCUUGAGGGUGCAGAGAAGAAGGGCCUCAAACUGGCCAAGGAAGUCGACAAACUGAACAGCAAACUGCAAGACUCAGAGGAGUUGCGACAGGAGGAGACGCGUCAGAAGCUGAACCUAAGCACCCAAAUCCGCCAGCUGGAGGUGGAUAGGAACACCUUGCUGGAGCAGCAGGAGGAGGAGGAGGAGGCACGACGCAACCUGGAGAAACAGCUGCAGAUGGUACAAUCUCAGAUGUUUGAGACAAAGAAGAAGCUAGAGGAGGACAUGGGAUCAAUGGAGGGCCUGGAGGAGGUGAAGAGAAAACUCCAGAAGGACGUGGAGCUGACCAGCCAGUGUCUGGAGGAGAAGACCAUGGCCAUGGACAAGAUGGAGAAGACCAAGAACCGACUGCAGCAGGAGCUGGAUGACCUGAUGGUGGACCUGGACCACCAGCGACAGAUAGUCUCAAACCUUGAAAAAAAACAAAAGAAGUUCGACCAGCUGCUCGCCGAAGAGAAGACCAUCUCAGCUCAGUAUGCUGAGGAGCGUGACCGUGCGGAGGCCGAGGCCAGAGAGAAGGACACCAAGGCUCUGUCUAUGGCCAGAGCUCUGGAGGAGGCCUUGGAGGCCAAAGAGGAACUGGAGAGGUUUAACAAGCAGCUCCGUGCUGAAAUGGAGGACCUGAUGAGCUCCAAGGAUGACGUUGGGAAGAAUGUCCAUGAACUGGAGAAGUCCAAGCGAACAUUGGAGCAACAGGUGGAGGAGAUGAGAACUCAGCUGGAGGAGCUGGAGGAUGAGCUGCAGGCCACGGAGGACGCCAAGCUGCGUCUGGAGGUCAACAUGCAGGCCAUGAAGGCCCAGUUUGACCGAGACCUGCAGGCCAGAGAUGAGCAGGGAGAGGAGAAGAAGAGGUCGCUUGUCAAACAGGUGCGUGAGAUGGAGGCAGAGUUGGAGGACGAGAGGAAGCAGAGAACUCUGGCUGUUGCCUCUAAGAAGAAGCUGGAGAUGGACCUGAACGAGCUGGAGGGACAGAUCGAAGCCGCCAACAAAGGCAGGGACGAGGCUGUUAAACAACUCCGAAAACUACAGGCUCAGAUGAAGGACUAUCAGAGGGAGCUGGAGGAGGCCAGAGCCUCCAGGGAUGAGAUCUUCACCCAGUCCAAGGAGAACGAGAAGAAACUCAAGGGCCUAGAAGCUGAAAUCCUACAGCUACAGGAGGACCACGCAGCGUCCGAGAGGGCCCGUCGACAUGCUGAACAGGAGAGGGAUGAGCUGGCUGAUGAGAUCUCCAACAGUGCUUCUGGAAAGUCGUCGCUGCUGGAAGAGAAGAGGAGGCUGGAGGCUCGUAUCGCCCAGCUGGAAGAGGAGCUGGAGGAGGAGCAGGGCAACAUGGAGCUGCUCAAUGACCGUUUCAGAAAGACCAACAUCCAGGUGGACAACCUGAACACAGAGUUGGCCGGAGAACGCAGCACUGCACAGAAGAGUGAGAACGCUCGGCAACAGAUGGAGAGGCAGAACAAGGAUUUGAAAGCCAAGCUGGCAGAGCUGGAGGGGACUGUCAAGUCAAAGUUUAAGGCAUCCAUCGCUGCCCUGGAGGCAAAGAUCCUGCAGAUGGAGGAUCAGCUGGAGCAGGAAGCAAAGGAGAGAGCAGCAGCCAACAAGAUCGUCCGUCGGACAGAGAAGAAGCUGAAGGAGGUGAUGAUGCAGGUGGAGGAUGAGCGUCGUCAUGCUGACCAGUACAAGGAGCAGAUGGAGAAAGCCAACUCUCGUAUGAAGCAGCUGAAGCGUCAGCUGGAGGAGGCGGAGGAGGAGGCCACCAGGGCCAACGCCACCCGCAGGAAGCUGCAGAGGGAGCUGGACGACGCCACCGAGGCCAGCGAGGGUCUCACCCGGGAGGUCAGCUCCCUCAAGAACCGCCUCAGGCGCGGUGGUCCGGUCAGCAGCUUCUCCUCCAGCCGUUCAGGCCGGCGCAACCUGAAUCUGGACGGUGCCUCCGGCGAUAUGUCAGACGACGACGCCGACAGCCGUGCCGGCGACUUCAACGAGACUCAAACUGCCAACGCCGAGUAAACACAGAGACCCUCUCAUUCCUCAUUCUUCCCCUCCCCUCGUCACUACCCACCUGUGACCUGUGCCCGGUUUUUCCCUUUAAAAAAAAACAAAACAAAAGAAUAAUAUCAUCCUAGGCGUCACCAUCGUCUAUAUUCAUUUCAAACCACUGACUGGACAGAAGAUUGGAGCGAUGAGCGUUUUUGGUAACGCUGGCCAGGUGCGCCUCACAGCCCUUUUUAUAUCGGUUAACACUGCAGGGAAAAUCCACCGCCCUCCCUGAAGCCAACCCUCCAGUACUGGAGAGCCACAGGGGCAAACGGACUAUUCUGCCUUACUCCAUUCUCCUCCGGCAAGCUGCUAGUCCUGGCUCAUCUCUCGGCCAUGUUUCAUCUCAUCACCCUGACGUAACACUCUCCCUCCUCCCAUCAGGCGUAAAGUUAUCUGCUCAGCUUAUUGAGAAAGUAUGCAUAGGUGCAAAGUGCUUUUUAUACAUAUGAAACUGUAGGUGGUGGCUGUGAAGCGUACACACAUCAAGUAACGUAUGUGAACGCGCCCCAUACUGGAAAUGCAGGACUACAAGGAAACGCGUUUCAGUCUUGUGUUGUUAUAAGUGUUCUGCUCACUAGUUGUGUAAAAGCCAUCUCAUACCCAACACACUCCCUUCUCUCAAAACCAGGGUCACUGUGGCCUUCGGACCGCCACACCGGCUGCUUUUGUUGCAUGAGUCUCCUUCGGAUGUACAGACCGUUUGUCAGCUUCUACACUACAGCACUCCAGGAACAACUAACAUAGCGGGACAUGCAAUAGAACACAGACUCUGAAUUGAAAGUGCAUUACUGUGGGAAAAAAAGAAGGUAUAAUUUUCUCCGUUGCUUCAUCUCAACAUUUAAUGAAGGAAAGCCUCGCUGGGUUUUAACUAGAAAUCUCUUGGCUCACAAGGUUAACGUUUUGUAUUGUUGACUAUUUAUCCUCUACUGUGUAUUGGCGUGAGCUGUGAACGAUGAUGCUGGAACAUGCACAUAACUGCACAGCAAGGUCUUUGAAUUUUUAACUUGAAACCAACGGGGGGAAAAGCUCUUACUUGAAGCACUAAAGUGACGCUCAGUCCAUGUUUUCAAUGUGACACUAAAUGGUUAAACAUGUUAUUUAAUUAGAAAUGCAGGCAGAUUGAAAAUAGUCAUGUUCUCACUACACUUAAGUGUUUGUGCCAAGCCCCCGUUUGAAUUAUCACUACAUUUGAGUCACAGCGAUGAAGCACCAGUUUUUCUGAAAAAUCCAGCCGACCUAUAAUAAACAAUUUAUUUUUUGAAAUCUGGCUGAAACAAAUAAUAUGCUGUUUGCUGCACAAUAAAAAAUAUGUUUUAACUUUUAAGGACUUCUCAUCCAUGCUGGCUGAUCAUCCAUGAACACCGUUUUUAACUCAUUUCACAAGUUACAACUCUAUUUCCUAAUUCAUAAUGGGAGACAUUAAACUAAAAUAAAAUUGUAAUAUUUUUCUUAUUUGUUCAUAUUCAUGUCACAUUUUAUUGUUUUAUAUUUUCAUACAAAUUAAAACCAUGGUCAUUUUCUUGUGAAGUACAAAAUAGGCAUGGAGACUUCUACAUUUCCGGUUACUUGGAUAGGAAUCUGGUUAAAAAAUCAAAACAAUCUCACCAGAAGGUCCAACAAGAGUACUGGAGCUGCAUCAAUUUGGAUCCUGUCCAUUGUCAAUCCGACAAUGUUACAGGAGUACUCCACAAAUGUAGCCUUUAUUUGAAGGACUUCUCAUCCACGCUAGCUAAAAGAACUGAAUCAUAAUUUGUGCAUUUUUUCACCAGACGGUUAGAAGUGUCGUUGGGAUUUUAGAAAUAGCUUCAGAAGAGCUGUUAAGGUGUUUUUCAGAGAUCGCUCUAUUCAUUUUUCAGCAAAAACUCUCAGCUCUGAGACUCAAAUGUAACAGUAAGAUGAUAGUGAACACACUGGGGCUGGUUUCUGUGUUAGAGUCUGACUCUUCAGUCUACUGACAGACCUGGUUAAGCACUUAGUAUUCACAGGUAACGGGUUAUCUGAAAAUAAGGUUUGGUUCUGUCCUUGCAAUUUUAGCCCAAGUUCCUUUACUAGUGUUUUUAGCAAAGUGAAGUAAGGUUCUGUUUGGAAAAACAGCAGCCACCUUAAAAGUUAAACCACUACAGUGUGAAAACGACAUGCCAGGGUGCCCAUAGCAAUCCUAUCAACUUGGUGGGUCAUGGGUCUGCAGAUUCGGAUGGUUGUCUACAGCAGAUUUAUUUGGGUUAGGGUUACCCUUCUAACCCUUCUCCUAAAUGUAAAAUGGUAUGUUUCUUUAAAAGUGCCUUAGACACUAUAUAAGAACAUAAGCAGCCAAUGACUUCAUUACAAAUGUGAAAAAGAGAUGAAACGGUACACCAAGGAGAUAUUCAACACGUUAUCUUUUUUUUUUUUUCCUUUUGUAUUAUUGCUGUGCUUCAUAUCAUAUCAGCUCUGUACCUCCGUGUUCAUAAUAACCUCCUAGCUAGAGUGUUGGGUCAAAAUCAGUAUUCCAGUAUUUUAACUCGGCUACAUGAGAAGCGGAGCCCUCUGCAGCUGCAUGUCCCAAAAUUAUUUUUGUAGUAAGAUGUAUCUGUGUAACCUAAUUCACAGGUGAAGCUUUGUACUGAAUUUAUUUUGGGAAAAGAUGCUCUGCACGGGAUUUCAUUUGGUUGGAAGCUUUAACAUCACAAGUAGUUAACUCAUAUUAUUCAUCUGUCUGUGGGCAACAAGGCAUUCAACUGCAAAUACUCCCAUCAUAUAAUUUCUUGUAUAGACCUACCUGUAUUUCUAGACAGUAAUUUUUUGUUUUGUUUGUUUUUGUAAAAGGAAAAUAAAAGCAUAUUCAUUGUA